CUUUGAGCGCUGCACCAACGCACGAGGGCAGUGCCGCGUUUCCUUACGGUUAAACUCGUAGAUCGACUCGAAAGUUGCGACGUCGCGGGGCAAAAGUUUUUCGCGUUUCUACCCAGUCGUUGGGCCGAUCGUCGAAAUGGCUGCGAGGUUGAAGCAUCGAUGAUUCCCCUCGAGGCUUACGCGGCGUGUGAACGUAAUGAUAAUAACGAUAAUAACGAAUAAAUCCGCCAUGCGGGAACUCGAGAUCGUUACUCGGUGAAUCAGCGAGCUAUACGUACAUGGUCUGUUAAAGUGUCAAUGAUCGAGAUUCCGCUUAAACGCGACUUGACUUCGCACCGAGAACCGUGAAUGUUUCAGUGAUAGUCGUUGUCGAUAACCGUGAACAUUGCACGCCGGUUGACUGGGUGGGACGACUUUGACACGUACGUAGAAGCAAGUGUUGAAUGGUCAGUGACGCGGCGAGACGGCGAAAGGUAAAUUAGAUCCGGCGAAUAAACAGUGCUAGGUUAAUCGACGUGUCAGUGUGGUGAAUUACCGCAUACCUCGCAUGACAGUGACCGCGGAUGUAGAUCCGUCGAUCGAUUAACUGUGUUUGGCAAACCGUUCCUCGCGAGGUAGAAGGAAGAAGGGAAUAUCGCUCGGGGCUCCGAAAAUCGGAGGGUGGGAUGUGCAGCACCGAGAUGACGGAGACGUGCACGAUGUCACCGUCGACGAUGACCUCCGGUGGACGCAAAUCCGGGUGUCUCGGCUCUCCCGCGCACCGAAGAAGCCCCUCCCGGAGUCCACCGAGGAGGGUCGAGGUCCAGGACGACGAUGACGAGAUCUCGGUCGGGUGUCCGAGUCCGUUGCCCCUCGUAGUCGCCGCUACGAACGAGGACGAGGAACGGUACAGCGCCUCGAGGGAGGACUACAGCGAACGGCUGAGCCCCAGGAGUUACCAGGACGAGAUCGAGGACGACGAGAGAUACUCGAGGGACGCGGACUACGGGAUGUCGGCGAAAGCGAGACUCGCCGAGAGUCGCGUCCUCGAACGGGACGUGACGACGACGCUCAGGGAUAACGACCGGAUCGUUACCCCGACGACGGGAGGACCCGACGACUACUUCAAGCCUCUGAAGAAGCUGAAGAUGGUACAGAUUCAGCAGUCCGACGAGGAGGACGAACGGGAACGGGACGCCAACGAACGCGGGGUCAAGUCCUUCAGCAUCCUGGACAUCCUGUCGCAUCGACCCAAGGCGAAAAUCGUCAGGCCGUGGGACACGGUCGAGUCGAAUCACUCCCACCUCGGCCACCAUCACCACCAUCAUCACUCCGGACCCAGAGAUCUCUCCCUCGUCGGAAUGUCCCUCGCGUCGAUGUCCGGAUCCAUGAGCGAACCUCCGCUGAGUAGCUCCUCGUCAUCCGGCAGGAGCUCCGUUUCAGAUUCCGGAAGUCCGGAUCCUCUCACCCACCAUCAUCACGCCCUCCACCACGGCAUGCAUCCCGGGCUUCACCACCACAUGCAACAGUUUAAGAGGAAAAUCCCACAGCAGCACAACUCCCAGGGUGGUCAGAACAGCAAACGGAGUCCCGGUCAAGGGAGUCCUUUGGACGCCCUCUUUCAAAUGACGAGCAAAACUUUCGACGCCGGCGAGCACAGUCAAGAGCAAGCGAAUCAUUUGAACCUGUUCAACAACCGUCAGCAGCCUAAAAAGAAACGGAAGUCUCGCACCGCGUUCACGAAUCAGCAGAUAUUCGAAUUGGAGAAGAGAUUUUUGUAUCAGAAGUAUUUGAGCCCGGCCGACAGGGACGAGAUCGCGGCUCAGCUCGGGCUCAGCAACGCUCAGGUUAUUACCUGGUUCCAGAACAGAAGGGCGAAGCUCAAACGCGACAUGGAGGAACUGAAGAAGGACGUGCAAACGGUGAACCCGCUCCUGGUCGCCCAGCAUCACAAGACAUUUUUAGAAAACGUCCAGGACUUGGGUAUCCUGAAGAAGAGGCCGCUGCCAAACUCGAUGGACGACAAGUCUUAGAGGGUUGUAAAUUUCACGCGUAAUGUCGCGAUGGUAUUUUCAACACAUAUUUAACGGCUCCACGCCCGACUCGCGUUACAAGGCCGAUCGCGGGGCUGUAGGGGAAAAGGGUGAACUCCGAUCGGCGGGAAGGGCGGCCUUACAUCGCGAGAUGGCUGAAUUUUGCCUCGAGCGCAGUUCUCAUUUUGAUUUUAAUUUUUGGUCAGACCAUUGUAAAAUCUAUUACCAAACAGCAUGUUAUCGCGUAGGUAUCCGAUGACCGUGUUGCGACUCGUAAUACAUACGUGUUAUAUGCGUGUAAUCCGUACAGUAGUAACGUACCGCGAGUGCGGACGAUAGCUGAUGGUGUGUGUAAAUAUUGCGCAACACGCGGCAUGCAGAGCGAUAAAUAAUAACUGAAGACGCAAUUGCAUUGCGGAAACAGGAACUGUGGUAUUGGUAAUAUAAAAUAUGAUAGAGCUUGCGCGAUCCCCUGUAUAAUGGGUACACGCUGGAAUCAGCAUAGCUGCCCGUCGAAAGUGACGCAGACAGCAUGCAAUUUCGCGUGAAGCAUACGUGCAGGAUGUUGAAGAGCAGGAAAUUGUAUCAUAAUGUAUAAUUUAUUAAAAGAAAAUAAGUUGUAAUAAAAAAAAGAAAACAAAAAAAAAAAAAAAA